GUACAUUACUUUUGAGAGAAAUAUAAGUAAUGGUGUGAUACUGAAAUGUUGAUUAUUUUCUUCUUUGAACAGGUUCUACACAGCAGAGAUGGUGGUUGCCCUCCAGUUCCUACAUUCCAAGGGAAUCAUUCAUCGUGAUCUCAAGCCAGAAAACAUAUUGAUUGAUAAAGAUGGCCAUAUAAAGAUCUGCGACUUCGGCAUUGCGGAAGAGAACAUCAUUGGCCAGAGGAGGACCAUCGGCUUGGCAGGAACCCCUGGAUACCGGGCACCAGAGAUUCUAUCAUAUGAGGACUACAAUGCAGCUGUGGAUUGGUGGUCUUUUGGAGUUACAAUGUACGAAAUGGCCACAGGAGUCUUGCCGUUUUCAGCAUCAGGCAGCAUUCAAAAACAGCGUUUGGUAAUUAUUAUGAAACCACCAAAUUACCCAUGUGAUAUGAGCGAGGAAAUGCUGGACCUCCUGCCUAAGCUUUUGGAGAUUAAGGAGGUUGAACGGAUUGGACUGAAUGGUAACAUCAGGGAGCAUGCUUUCUACAGCACCAUUAACUGGGAAGAUCUGGAGAACCAAAGACUGAAGACCCCUUUUCAGCCAGAAAUGCCACCUCUAGAUGACUUCGAGGAAUAUUCAACAAUGUUCUCCCCUCAAAGUUUCAAUGAAAGAAACAAACUGAAAGAUUUCUCCGAAGUGGAUCCCAACUGGAAUUGGCAGGAGUAAGGCAUUACCUUUGUUCUAACAUGGGACACCAUCUUUAGUUGCUGCCUGUAACAACCUGAGGCCCUUAACAUUGUACCAUCUGUGGCAAGCUCCACCCCUAAACAACCAAUCCACCUGUAUUGUCAAACCUAAACCAUCUCCUGUGAAUGUCACCUGGUUCUACCAUCAACACCAGCACCAGACGGGAUCUUUGACUGUAGCUUCUAAAGGAUGGAAAUAGAAAGGUACUGUGGUGAGUUUACAUCUUGAAUGAAGCGUAGUAAAUAAAACCAGU